AUUCUUGCCUUCCUCAAAUUGAACAUAUUACCUACUACGGAGUAGAUUCUAAUAUGGGGAGAACCAAAGAUCUUGAUGAUGAUUUGACCUCCGGCCCGACUUGGAAGAGGUUGGAAUGGUAGACCGAAGGUCCAGAACUUUAAUUCAUCCGUUAAUUACGGAGUAUUAUUACAUAUAUAAUUUUAAUUUAUCUAAUUACUGUAAUCCGUAACUACUUUACAUACACCUAUUUCUCAACGCCUCACACGCUUUUCCUUCCUCGUCUUCUCCGUUGACUCGGUGCCGGCGCCCUUGCCGGAGAAUAAUAAGGAGGAUUGGAACAUUCAGUAUAUAAGCCUGAGCAAUCCUGAUCAGUCUUUUCUUUCUGACAACUAAAGGCUGAAGCUGAAAUUCUACGAAAUUUGAUGUAUUCAAUUGUUGAAAAAGAUAAGAGUAUGUCUGAAAACCCAGAUGAGCUGAAUAUGCCUGGAAAUCCAGAUGGGCUGAAUAUCAAAUUUCGAUUGAUCGAUGGAACAGACAUAGGGCCUACAAAAUUCCCCUUGACUGCCAAAGUUGAAGAGUUGAAGGCAGCUCUUCUUGCUCAAUUGCCUCAAGAGAAGCAAAAUCGCCUAAUAAAAGAAAAUGAAGUCAAGUUGAUAAGCGGAGGGAAAAUUUUAGAAAACAGUAAAACAGUGGAUGAUUGCAAGAACCAAUAUGCAAGCUCUGAAGAUGUCACAAUGCAUGUUGUUAUUAACCAAAUACCCCAGGAUAAAGAAGAGAAGGUAACAAAAGACCCAAAACAAAGCAGGUGUCGCUGUGUCAUACUAUGAACUACAUCUCCAACUAGGUGACAAAUUCUUCUGCAACUUGGUAGGAUUUGUUUCCUCUUAAUUGGAAUAUAAAGUUGGUAAGUUAUAGCCUCAUCUCGUAAGCGAAUUGAGGACCUUGCUGAUUAAGGACUGGUAGCAGCAUAGAAGAAGCUGAGGACUUUAUCUCCUAAUGCAACUCAGCCCAAAUGAUUGCUAGUUUUGGGCUUUACUACUAUUAUUAAGGUCUAUAAUUCUCCCACUUUACAAGGCAUGCGAGCAAAUAUUGUCGUGCCUUCCCUUCAAACAAAUAAUUUCAAUGGUUAGGACAUCUGAUGUGUUUACAAAUUUUGCCAUCGAAGGUCAAUUUAUUUCUUCUUUUUAUGUUUGCCUUUUCUUUCAUUUACAGUGAUUGUUUGUCGUCAAGAAGAAGAAACGGAAAUGUUUUAUUUUACAGUGUAAUAACCAACCAUGACAGCUUUGAUGCUUGAUGAAUGUGUGUAUACUUUGAUCUUGUUCCUUCCAACUCAGCA